GUCUUACAGUCUGCAAAUUCAUCCAUACUCAAAACCCACCCCCACCUACAUUUUCAAACCCCUCUGUCACUCUCACCAAAAACCCAUCUCCAAUCAACAAUCUUUAUCUCAAUUCUGAUAUAAAGUUUGUUCCUUUUUUUGCAAUGGAGAAUGAAAACAAGAAUGAUAAUGGGGCAGCCACCGCUGCUGCUGCUGGUGGCGUUGGGCGGUUGUUGGUGGAUGAAACAUGCCCAAACAGGCACAGAUUUGAAGUAGAGCUGAAAGAAGGUGAAACAACAAUUGUUUCAUGGGCUAAAUUGCUUAAAGAUUCUGGCAUUCCUGUUGCUGAUGAUGAUAACUCUUCUUCUUCCUCACCUAACCCUAAGCACUGGCAAGUUUCUCAAGAUAAGACAAGAAGCGAAUGCUCCAAUGUCAUUCUUAAGAAAGAGACGGAUGAGCAAAAAUCUCCCAUGAGACCAGAAACACAGAGUACUGCUAUAUCAGAAGUCCUGGAAGUGGUGAAUGCUGUUCAACCCACAAAAAACACAAAAGUUGGACAUGCAAGGGUGAAGGCCAUACCCUUAACACACAACGUCAUUGAAGAACAUUCUCUCAACAACGCAAGAUCUGAGCUUCCUGACCUAAAUGUUCCGUAUACAGUGCAAUCAUCAAGUACCUUGCCAACAAACAUUAAGGAUGAAUCUUAUGUUAUGGUGAAUGGGUCAAUGCUUGAAAGUAUGCUCUUGGAGAUGGAAACCAUGGUUGUAGAUUCAAGACGGCUGCAUGGUGAUGUUCUAGAUGCAGAUCAUCUAGUGGCAACAAAAAGCAAAUUACCAGGGGAACUUAAGCAAAAGCUCAGGACGGUUGCUAGAUUAGCGCAUUCAACUCAAGGGAGAAUAUCAGAUGAAUUAUAUACGCGUCUUGCAAGCAUUCUUGGGCACUGGCUUAAGCCAAAAACACUGAAGAGAUGCUUGAGGGAUAUGGUCCCAUCUGAUCUAUCAGCCUGGGGAGGGGAUGCUCUCAGGUUUAGUCAAAUUGAAAAGGAGGUUGUUGAACUGAUCAAAUUGAGGAACCCAUCAAUGGAAAGAAAGGAUGGGUUUAAUACCAAAACUGUGGAGCUGUGUGCAGCUCAUAAAACAAUAUACAGUAUGGACCAUGAGAUGGAAGAUAAAGUUUGUGAUUUCUAUGACGUAUAUGUCCAGGGGAUGAAUGAUAUUAAUAGCUCUGAAAUACGGAAGUUCUACAUUCAGCUUGCGGCAUUGUGGCCAAAGGGGACCAUGGACAAUCAUGGAGUACGAAAUGCGAUUUGUCGAUCCAAAGAACGCCGGAGAAUCAUGUUACAAGAAAAGGAACCUGAAAAUGGCAAGUGGAUGAAGGCAUCUACUACAGGAAUGGAUGAGGGUCUCCAAGUGGAACCUAAAUUAGUUGCUGAGUCAGAUAAACUGGUGAAUGACGCUAAUAAUCUUGUUUUAAGUUUUCGGGACAGUGUUGUCCCUGGUACACCCGAACUAGAUCAGAAUCUUAGUGCACCAGCAAAAAGGUUCAGCCCGUCAUCGGCAGGCUCCUGCCAGGAUCUGUUCAAACAGAGGAAAUUCAAUAUUCUUAACGAAACUAGCUGAGAUAAAAAAAAUAUUACUUCAAUUCCAUCCACAAAUUAGGAAAAACGCUGUUAUGUACAUGUUUUGCAUUUUUCUGUACAGGCUCCCGGGAAUAGCAAAAUGGUAUAUAGAUGGAAACCAGUUGCUGGUUUUCAUGGAACCCAUUGCUUACCAAGCAAUCUACUCAUCAAAUUGACACCUUUUCGUUUGAUAGGUUAUCUGAGAUGGGUUUUGAGCAAUUCAGUAAAUAGCUCUUAUUUCAAUGACAAAGUUUCCUGAAAAAUCAAAUUCCUUGUUAAGCUAGAAAUGGUAAAAUGCAUUCCAACGUGUAAACUGGAACUAUGGUAGUUCCAGUUAUUUGUCAACCAUUGCUGAUUUCUGCAGGAGAGUAUCUCUGAACUCAGUAUACAAAAUGUACAGUAACUUGAUUCAGGUUGUAAGCUUGAACUGUUGUACUAUUGUAAUCUUAACUCUUUAAAGGUAGACAAUAGUUGUAAAGUGCAAAUCAUGAGUGUAACAACUGUGCCUUUUCGGAUCUCAAUAUAAAGCUUUUUACAUUUGAUGAUA